AUGGUAGCUAAUAGAAAAGAUUUUCUUCAAAACAUUGAGAACGAUUCCAUCAACAAUGACGAAGCUAUGGAUUCGUCUCCCAACGAAAAUGCGUCCGAAAGCGAUAGCAGCAUUCUUAUGAACGUAAAUGAUAUCAAAACUUUACGCUUGGAUGUAGCACCAGAAGCCAAAAACACUGGAUUGAAGAAGACACUAUUUUAUGAAAACUCUGAUGAUGCUGAAGAGGAAGAGGAAGAAAAAGAAGAUCGCAGGAGCGGAAUAGCUGGACAACCCCACUAUAAAGAAUCUAAACAACUCCGAUUUGAGGUAAACAAGGAGAACUUAAGUAAAGUGCAACGAGAUUUAUCGGAUGAAAACGUAACGAAUGAAGAAAAUAGCGUACGACCUUGGGAAUUCGGAAAGGUUAUACAAACUGAGUAUAGAGAAAGAUUGCCGCGCAAUUAUGAGUUGAAGCAUUGGAAGAAGCCUUCUAAAAUAAUGUUGGGCUCUAUAUUUCGUUUACUAGAGACUAACACUGUAAGUGCUCUUGACUCUAUCUUUGAGAAGUACGAAAAUGAGCUUAAUCAAAUGACACAUGGCGAUAGUAAUGAGCUGAGAAGGAUAUACUCUAAAAAGGAGCGCUUGCUUGAAAUAAUCUUGACAAAAAUAAACAAGAAGCUAAGACAGGCAAAAUUUCCGUCGAGGAUAUCCGAAAGAGACCUGGAUAUUGAGUAUAUCUAUUCCAAGAGGCAAUUUAUUCAGAACCGCUACUCUCAAGAACUGCAAAAUUGUGAGAGAUUGGAAGUAAAUCUUUCACGUGAGCGAAAACUUUUGGAAGAAACAAAGAAAUUGUGCAGGAAUCUAAAAACAAACAACAGGAAGCGACUUACCGAGAAGUUGAUACAAAGAGAUCUUCAUCCGGCACUCAAUAAAGCUAUGGAAUACACAUAUGGCUUAGAAUCGACCAAUGGAUCUGCUCGCACAGGGGGCCAAGUCAUCUUUACAAAUGAUAACAACGAAUUGAAUUUGCUGUUGAACGAUCCCAUAAAAAGUACGACCGAUGUUGGGCUUGAUAAGAAAGAAGUUCUAUCGUUACUACCUUCUUUACUAGAAUAUACGAACAAGUCACGAGAACUUAAAGGAACCAUGGAUCAAGUGGUUUCAAACGCAUAUGAACAGGAAAUAAAAGAAGCGAUAGUACCUCGCCAUUCAGAUCAUCAGGACGAGACCGACGAAGAUAUACGGGAAUGA